CUCAAAGUUUGGCUCCGGCGCUGCGGAGGGAGGGGGCGGCCCGGCCCGGCCCAGCUCUGCCCCCGGCCGGCCCGACCCCGGCCCCGGCCCCUGGACAAGCCCUUAUCUGAUCCCAGCUCCGGGUUUAAGAGUCCCGGCCCUGCCUGUCGCACAGCUCCGCUCCUCACUCCUGCCCGCCCCGUCCGUCCAUCUGUCCCGCUGCCCCGCGGCCCAUCAGAGGGGCCACUCCACCUCCGACCCAAGAUGACGUCAGUUGCCAAGGUGUAUUACAGUCAGACCACUCAGACAGAAAGCCGGCCCCUCAUGGGCCCAGGGAUACGACGGCGGAGAGUCCUGACAAAAGAUGGUCGCAGCAACGUGAGGAUGGAGCACAUUGCUGACAAGCGCUUCCUCUACCUCAAGGACCUGUGGACAACCUUCAUUGACAUGCAGUGGCGCUACAAGCUUCUGCUCUUCUCUGCGACCUUUGCAGGCACCUGGUUCCUCUUUGGAGUGGUGUGGUAUCUGGUAGCUGUGGCACAUGGGGACUUGCUGGAGCUGGGGCCCCCGGCCAACCACACCCCCUGCGUGGUACAGGUGCACACACUCACCGGAGCCUUCCUCUUCUCUCUUGAAUCGCAGACCACCAUUGGCUAUGGCUUCCGCUACAUCAGUGAGGAAUGCCCACUGGCCAUCGUGCUUCUCAUUGCUCAGCUGGUGCUUACCACCAUCCUGGAAAUCUUCAUCACAGGCACCUUCCUGGCAAAGAUUGCCCGGCCCAAGAAGCGGGCUGAGACCAUCCGCUUCAGCCAGCAUGCGGUUGUAGCUUCCCACAACGGGAAGCCUUGCCUUAUGAUCCGAGUUGCCAAUAUGCGUAAGAGCCUCCUCAUCGGCUGCCAGGUGACAGGCAAGCUGCUUCAGACCCACCAAACCAAGGAGGGUGAGAACAUCCGGCUCAACCAGGUCAAUGUGACUUUCCAAGUGGACACGGCCUCUGACAGCCCCUUCCUCAUUCUACCCCUUACCUUUUAUCAUGUGGUAGAUGAGACCAGUCCCUUGAAAGAUCUCCCUCUUCGAAGUGGUGAGGGUGACUUCGAGCUAGUGCUGAUCCUAAGUGGGACAGUGGAGUCCACUAGUGCCACCUGCCAGGUGCGCACUUCCUACCUGCCAGAGGAGAUCCUUUGGGGCUACGAGUUCACACCUGCCAUUUCACUGUCAGCCAGUGGUAAAUACAUAGCUGACUUCAGCCUUUUUGACCAAGUUGUGAAAGUGGCCUCCCCUAGUGGCCUCCGUGACAGCAGCGUGCGCUACGGAGACCCUGAGAAGCUCAAGCUGGAGGAGUCGUUACGGGAGCAAGCCGAGAAGGAGGGCAGUGCCCUUAGUGUGCGCAUCAGCAAUGUCUGAUGGCCGGUUCCCACCUCCCCAUCCCUCUGGUCUGUCUUCCUCUCUUUCAGUGCCCUGAGUAAGGAAUACUAGCCGGGCUUGCUGGAGAUCCCCAGAAGCACCCAUCCUCCCCUUUAACCCAGUGGCCUUGUCAGUAAUCUAGGCCACCUGGAGUCCGAGUUUCCCUCCCAUUGUCCUCUUUUGCCUCCUCCCGCCCCCUGCUUCCACCCCAAUACACGCACCCCCCUUAAGCCAGGAUGGGGGAAAGAGAGGGAUUAGGCUGAAGUGGCCUAGAAGGCCUCAGCCAUGCUUGGAGACCCACAUUAGGAGGACCAUGCAGUUGGAUGGACAGACUCCCCCCAACACCUGCCACCAGCAGAAAGUUUGCUGACUAGAGGCUGGAGCCCCCUCCAUCUCUAUCUUCCCAUCUAGCAAGUUCCCUAAGGCAAGACUCUCUCUGAUGGUCACUUUGGGGUCUGUGCCCUCAGAAAUAUAGGAAUCUGAAAUCAAUUUAUCUUGGGCCCUGUUGAAAGAAGCCAGCAUUUGUCAUGGUGUAGCUAAUUUUUGCUAGUAACUCCUGACCAUAACUCAGGACCAUGGUCACUACUAUUUUCCCUUUCUAGUUUCUCAAGUGGACUCUCUCAAGAUACCCAGUUCUCUCAUAGCCUCUGUCCUCAGAGAACUGGGUUUGACCCAGAAAACAUUAGCAUACAAGCACCACACCUGUACCCAUCCUGGAUUCUGAACUCUUCAGUUUGGAGUGACUCAUUCAGAGCUGUUGUCCAAAACUUUGAAUCUAUACUGCCCUGGGAAGAUUUGUUUCCCUGUGCCCUGUCAAUGGUAGGACCCUAGCCAAUAUAUUCCUUUGAAAAAAGUCCAGUGCCCAGGCCCCAUGGAAAAGUCUGAAAAUGUUACUUCAGAUUACAUUGUACCUGGCUUCUCUAAUUCCUUUCCUGCCCAGCCCAGACCCUGCUUCCCUUAACCUCAACUGUUUGGAGGAAGGGAGGGAAAAUGCAAGGGCCUCAUUCCCUUAACACUGUUGCUCAACUAAAA